AACAUAUGAGUGCGCCACAGUGAUAUAAAUCCAGCGAAGAAGAAGCCAACCACUGUCAGCCCAGCUGGUCUCACGCCUGUUUGUCGAUUUGUAAUAUUUACACUCUGCAUAAGAACUAUUGCCAUGGAGAAAGAUAUUAUUGUCUCUCUUGAGGAUUUAGGGUAUCAAGGCCCACUGUUGGAGGUUGGGGCUCUGGAUACCAGUGUGAAUGGUGGUGCUGCUUCACCAGAGUUUACAAAGCUCUGUGCUUGGAUUGUAUCAGAGCUCAGACUUUACUGUCAACUGGGGGAGAAUGUCCAUGCCACAAACUGUCCAAGUGAGGCAGAGAGCUUCCAGCUGGAGAUGAGCGGGUUGUUGUCGGAGCUGGCUUGUCCUUACUCCGUCCUCACCAGUGGGGAUGUCACCCAACGGCUUCUCAACAGGAACCACUGUCUCCUGUUACUCUCGUUUUUGGUGUCGGAGCUUGAGGCUUCCAGGAUGAUCCUGGUAAACAGACCCCCCAAAAAAGCCGAGGAGUCUGACAGCCCAGCCUUCCAAGAACUGAAGGGCAUUUGCGUGACGUUGGGCAUGUCCAAGCCUCCAGCCAACAUCACCAUGUUCCAGUUCUUCAGUGGCGUAGAGAAGAAGCUGAAAGAAGCCUCAUGUCGCGUACCACCACAUCAUAUCGGAGAGCCUUUGCUGAAGAAGGCCUUUGGACCUGUGCACAUGGAAAAAAUAGGAGCCGUCAACCAAGCACUUGUGAAUGAAUAUGAAGUGCGGAGGAAGAUGUUGCUGAAACGUCUAGAUGUGACGGUGCAGUCUUUCGGUUGGUCAGAAAGAGCAAAGGCACACGCUGCAAAGUUGGCCAAAGUUUAUCAGCCCCUUCGUUCUGCCCUUGGCAGCAACAGCAAAGUCUCUGUUGCCCACCUUCUUGCUGCUCGACAAGACAUGUCAAAAAUCCUACGUACAAGCAGCGGCAAGUCACGGGAGAAGACCGCUUGUUCCAUUAAUAAGGUUCUAAUGGGUCGAGUGCCAGACAGGGGAGGCCGUCCCUGUGAGAUUGAGGCCCCCCCUCCAGAGAUGCCGUCUUGGCAAAAGCGUCAGGAUGCCCCCCAAGGUAGUGGACACUAUGGUGCUGGCGGGCACGGCGGUAGCAGAGGAGGUUAUGAUCAGUACUCUCAAGGGCGAGGGGGCCCUGAUAGGAGUGGCACCGAAAGGGGGGGCAGGGGAGGAGGCGGCAGAGGCGGGAGGGUGCAAGGAGGUUGGGGGGAGGGUGCAGGAGGAGGACGAGGCGGUUACAACCAGGGCCAGUAUCAAGAUUCAGGGGUCCAUCAUGGGGGAGGCGGAACAAGAGGUGCUUAUAGAGGAAACUACCAAGGAGCCCCCCAGGAGUCCAGCCACCACGCAGGUUACCAUGACAAUCAGCACCAGAAUGGAGGCUGGCAUCAGGAGCGAGGCGGGGGUAGAGGUGGCCGUGGACGAGGGGGACGAGGCGGACGAGGGGGGAGAGGAGGCCUGAAUUUGAACCAAGGAGGACAAUUUGAACAGUUUUUCCAACGUGGCGGACAGCACUACAACCAAGCUGGCUUCAAUCAAAGCCGCCACUACACCAGUUGAAGAUUUGGGCAGGACUUUGUGCACACAUCCUUUCUAGGCCUUAUCAAGCAUGAUCACGCUUAAUAUUUUUACAGUGGAACCCACUUAAGUUGACCCCGUUUAUUUUGACAUAGCCACCAUUUUCUUAUUAUUACUAAAAAGUGCCCCUUAAGUCGAUGUCGACACUCAUGGUGGACCGCUUUUGUCGACAUAAAAAGUAAGUGCCAAAGAGGUGAUUUCUAUUAAAAAGGUCAGUUUAUGUUGACAUUUGUUGUAAUAUAAUCAUUAAGCAGCAACAUAACUACGGUCUAAUUACGCAAUGUUAAAACCUGCACUCACUGACUUCCUGUUCAGUGCAAAGUAUUCUUCAAAAUAAAAGCAUGCCAGUCUUUA